UUAGUAGAUAUCAAGGAAUUUUAAACAAAAGAAAACAAGAAACACAAACACUAUGGGCAGCGAGGAUAUAAACGUUCCACUGUUACAUGGUGAAGAACCAGAUAUAGACGAAAUCAAGAAUUUUGGUCAUUUCUGUAAAGAAGCUAAGAUCGAGAACAGAAAGAUAUGGAGCUUAGCUGCACCUUGCAUCUUUACUGCGGUUGCUCAAUACUCACUUGGAGGAUUAACACAAGUGUUUGCCGGACAACUUACUACACUCGAACUCGAUGCUGUUUCUACUGAGAACAUGGUCAUUGCUGGACUAGCUUUUGGAAUUAUGUUAGGAAUGGGGAGUGCAUUAGAAACCUUAUGUGGGCAAGCUUUUGGAGCAGGACAAUUACAUAUGUUAGGAGUGUAUAUGCAACGUUCAUGGGUCAUACUCAACGCAAUGUGUAUAUGUUUGUUACCAAUCUACAUUUGGGCAGAGCCAAUCUUGAAAUUCUUCGGACAAAAUGAUGAAAUUGCAGCCUUAGCUGGGAGGUUUUCGCUAUACAUGAUUCCUCAAUUGUUUGCAUACGGCUUUAAUUUUCCGAUACAGAAAUUCUUACAAUCACAAAGCAAGAUUAUGGCCAUGGCUUGGAUAUCUGCAGGAGCAGUUGUUUUCCAUGUUUUCUUGUUGUGGUUACUUUUAGUGAAGUUAGAAAUGGGGUUGCCUGGCGCAGCUAUUGCUCUUAAUACAUCUUGGUGGCUUGUGGUUCUGGGUCAAUUUGCUUACAUUUAUUUGGGUUAUUGUCCUGGUGCUUGGACUGGUUUCACUACGAGUGCAUUUCGUGAAUUGGGUGCAUUUGCAAGGCUAUCUAUUGCUUCAGCCAUCAUGAUGUGUCUUGAAUUCUGGUAUUACAUGCUCCUCGUCGUGUUGGCUGGACAAUUGGAGAACCCUCAAGUUGCAGUUGCUGCCAUAUCCAUCUGCACCAACCUCAACGGAUGGGAGAUUAUGAUUUUCUUAGGGUUCAAUGCUGCAAUCAGUGUGAGGAUCUCAAACGAACUUGGAGCAGGAAGACCAAGAGCAGCGAAAUUCUCCAUAUUAAUCGUUGUAAUGUCAGCAUUGAUUAUUGGGAUAUUCUUCUUUGCCUUAGUUUUGGGUCUGAGAAAUGUAUAUGCUCUACCAUUUACAACCAGCCCUGUAGUUGCAAAUGCUGUCUCUAAUCUUGCCGUAAUCUUCGCUUUCACCUUGUUACUCAACAGUGUACAACCAGUCUUAACAGGUGUGGCUGUUGGAGCUGGUUGGCAGUGGUUGGUAGCUUACGUUAACCUUGCAUGUUAUUACAUUGUUGGUCUUCCUCUAGGAUUUUUACUUGGAAAAUAUUUCGAUUUGGGAGUUAAGGGAGUAUGGACUGGAAUGGUCAGUGGAGUGGGUUUGCAAACCAUAAUCCUACUUAUCAUCACUCUGAAAACAAAUUGGAGCAAAGAGGCUUCGCUAGCAGAUUCCAGGAUCAAACAAUGGGGUGGAUCCAUAGAUGCCCCAGAGGAAGUUACUAAAACUAAUGGUAAAUCAUCCCACGGCGAAGUUUAGACUUGAGAUGAUUUAACAUAGAAGAUCGCGGUCGUCAGAAUGGUUGUUGGCACUAGAAAAGCAUAUCAAUGGAUCAACUGAGGCUUUAUGGUUUCAGAAAUGUUUGUUUGUCUACGAUUCGAAAAAGAGAAUUUGUAAGAAGUAACUAGUGCCUGGAGAGCUUCUUACAAUGGAAGCCUCUUGAUUCAUUUUGUUCAUUAAAUGAUUGUUGUAGACAGUGGAGGGAAACAAGAUAAAUGACAAGGAAUUUUCAAUGCUUGAAGUGCUAAUUAUGUUGUUAGAU